AUGCCACCCAGAGUCUUCCCCAUCGUCCAGACGGUGCCGGUGGCCAAAGGCACACCCGAGUAUGAAUCCCUCGUCGACAACAUCGUCCUUGAGCAGUUCGCCAACAAGGUGCCCAAGAACCUCCUCCUCCCCUCUGCCAUCAUCGACAACCCGCCCAAGGACGUGACCUCGAUCCCGCGCGACUGCGGCCUCCUCACCGCCGACGAGCUCGCCAUCACAGAAACCCACGACGCCACCUCGCUCGCCCAGGCAAUCCGCACGGGCCAGCUCACCUCCGUCGCCGUGACCACCGCCUUCGCCAAGCGCGCCAUCAUCGCGCACCAGCUGACAUGUUGCCUGACGGAGUGGUUCCUAGACGAAGCCUUGGCCCAGGCGCGCGCCCUGGACGAGCACCUCGCGCGCACGGGAACCGUGGUGGGCCCCCUGCACGGCGUGCCGGUGAGCAUCAAGGAGCACCUGCAGAUGGCAGGCCACUGGUCUGCCGACGGCUACCUGGGCUCGCGCAGGCUCGACACAGAAGACAGCCACAUCGUCUCCAUCCUGCGCAGGCUCGGUGCCGUCUUCUACUGCAAGACGAACCAGCCGCAGGCCAUCAUGCACCUCGAGACCGUCAGCCCGUACGGCCGCACCCUGAACCCGCACAACGUGCACCUGUCGGCGGGAGGGUCUUCAGGAGGAGAGGCGGCGCUGCUUGCGCUGCGUGGCUCGGUGCUGGGCGUGGGUACGGAUAUUGGAGGCAGCAUUCGGGGCCCUGCUGGGUUCUGUGGGGUGUAUGGGUUCAAGCCUACGACCAGGCUGCUGCCGAUGCGCGGGUUGAAUCAUUCUGGCGGCGUCCCUGCGGAGCUGACAAUUCUGGCGACGUGUGGGCCCAUGGCGGUGUCGGCGAGGGACUUGGACUUGUGGAUGGGCGCUGUGCUCGGUGAGAAGCCCUUUCUUAAGGACCCGAGCCUUGUGCCGUUGCCCUGGAGAGGGCUGAGUGCAGAUGGAGGAGCUGGAGCAUCAAGUCGACAAAAACCUCUAAAGAUUGGGUUCAUGAUGAACGACGGUGUGAUUCAGCCCCAGCCGCCCGUGGUGCGGGCCCUCGAGUGGGCGAGGUCUAAACUCUCUGGCUCCUCCGACGGGUUCGAGCUGAAGCCUUUUGUCCCUUAUCGCGUCGCAGAUGCUAUUAAGAACAUUCGUCGCGCAUACUGGCCUGACGGCGGAGAGGGCAUAAAGGCCGCCGUGGCCAAGACGGGAGAACCCAUGGAGAAACUGACCCAGUGGAUCAUCCAGGACGCCGAGGGCCCAGCCUAUUCAUGGGAAGACAUGUUCAAGAUGCGCCUCGAGCGCGACGAUCUUCGUACCCAGUUCGCAGAGCACUGGACCGAGCAGGACGUCGACGUGGUGGUGUGUCCUGUGUUCGUCGGCCCGGCCUCUGCGCACGACACGGCGCUCUACUGGAACUACACCGCCUUCUGGAACUAUGUUGACUGUCCUGGGUUUGUGUUUCCAACGCCAAUCAAGGCACUAGCCAAGAGCGAAGAGGAGGCGCAACACGGGUCUUCCUCUUCUGGCACAGUGCUCGGCGACGAGGACGCACAUGUGCGGAAGCUCUGGGAGGAGGGCGACUUUGAGGGGGCUCCUGUGUGUCUGCAGAUUGUGGCGCGGAAGUAUCAUGACAAUGAGCUAUUUUCUGCCAUUGCAGCCAUGAAAGAUACUCUGGGUAUCUCGUAA